AAAUCUUCUUGAUAUAAAAAAUACAACAGAGAGAGAGAGAGAGUGCCGGCGGUUAAUAGAAAAAGUUGAAUAAUUGAGAAAUGAAGAAAGAAGUAGCAGUGAGAAAUGAUUUAGAAGGGAUAUUAAGAAAAUCAUGGUACAGAUUACGGUUAUCAGUACGCAGUCCAAACAGGGUCCCAACUUGGGAUGCAAUUGUGCUGACGGCAGCCAGCCCUGAACAAGCUUCCCUCUAUGAAUGGCAACUCAAGCGCUCCAUACGUAUCGGCCGGAUCUCCGACUCCACCGUCACCCUUGCUGUACCCGACCCCCAUGGUCAUCGUAUCGGUUCCGGUGCUGCUACUCUUAAUGCCAUUCUUGCCCUUGCCAAUCACUACAACAACAAGGUAGCAAAUAACUGCAGCGCUGAAAAUGUAGUUUCUACUUCAAUGAUUAACUUCUUGAGGAAAAAACAUAUAUUACUACUACAUGCGGGUGGUGACUCCAAGAGGGUCCCAUGGGCAAAUCCGAUGGGGAAAGUCUUUUUGCCACUUCCUUAUCUGGCAGCUGAUGACCCUGAUGGACCAGUGCCUUUGCUUUUUGAUCAUAUACUUGCAAUAUCUUCUUGUGCCAGACAAGCUUUCAAUAAUGAAGGCGGGCUGUUCAUCAUGACUGGUGAUGUGCUUCCAUGUUUUGAUGCAUCUGCAAUGGUUCUUCCAGAGAAUACGUCUUGCAUCAUCACUGUACCUAUCACUCUUGAUAUUGCUGCCAACCAUGGUGUUAUUGUGGCAUCGAAGACAGGGAAUACAGAUGAAAGUUGCUCAGUUAGUCCUGUUGCAAAUUUACUUCAGAAACCUAGCGCAGAGGAGCUUACUAAGCACCAUGCAAUUCUUGAUGAUGGUAGGGCAUUGCUCGACACUGGUAUCAUAGCAGUUAGAGGUAAAGCGUGGGAAGAUCUUGUUACACUUUCUUGCUUGAGCCAACCAAUGAUCUCAGAACUUCUAAAUACUAGAAAAGAGAUGAGUUUAUAUGAAGAUCUUGUAGCUGCUUGGGUACCUGCAAAACAUGAAUGGCUGCGAUCAAGACCUUUGGGUGAAGAACUUGUUAGGAAAUUGGGGAGACAGACCAUGUAUAGCUACUGUGCUUAUGAUCUAUUGUUCUUGCAUUAUGGGACCUCAAGUGAAGUUUUGGAUCAUUUGAGUGGGACCAGCUCAAGACUUGUUGGCCGACGGCAUCUCUGUUCCAUUCCUGCAACAACAAUGUCUGAUAUUGCCGCAUCUGCUAUUAUAAUUUCUAGUAAAAUUUCACCUGGUGUAUCAGUUGGCGAAGAUUCUCUUGUGUAUGACUCAUCCAUUUCAGGUGGAAUACAAAUCGGUUCUCUCUCUAUUGUAGUUGGUGUUACUGUUCCAGAAAAAAACGAUACGAAUACAACAGAUCCACAUCCGUUCCUCCUUCCAGAUCGUCAUUGUCUGUGGGAGGUUCCUUUAAUAGGAUGCACUGAGAGAGUUAUUGUAUAUUGUGGUCUUCAUGAUAAUCCCAAAAACCCUAUGUCAAAAGAUGGUACCUUUUGUGGAAAACCAUGGGAGAAGGUUCUACAUGACUUGGGUAUUCAUGAAAGCGAUUUAUGGAGCUCUCAAGAAAAGUGCUUGUGGAACGCAAAAGUUUUCCCUGUCCUUCCGUAUUUUGAGAUGCUUAGCCUUUCAAACUGGCUAAUGGGGUUAGAAGACAAUGAUAAGAAUGAAGGGUUUCUUUCUUUAUGGAAAAUGUCACGACGUGUUAGCUUAGAGGAGUUGCAUAGAUCAAUAGAUUUUCCACAAAUGUGCUUAAUCUCUAGUAAUCAUCAAGCAGACCUUGCAGCUAAAAUUGCUAAAGCUUGUCUUACUUUUGGCUUGCUAGGGAGGAAUUUAUCUCAGUUGUCUCAAGAAAUUUUGCAGAUGCAAGACUUGGGAGAGAAAUUAUGCACAGAUUUUUUGGCCUUGUGUCCAAGUUUACAGUCACAAAGUUCUAAGAUUGUCCCUAAAAGUCGAGCUUAUCAGGCGCAGGUUGAUCUUCUCCAUGCAUGCAGCAAACAUGAAGAAGCAAUUGCAGUCGAGCACCAAGUAUGGGCUGCCGUUGCUGAUGAAACUGCUUCAGCAGUAAGAUAUGGUUUUAAAGAGCAUCUCUUUCAAUCUUCCAGUCUGACUGUUUCUAAAGGACAUAUAAACAAUAAUGCUGAGGGUCAUGUGGACCGAACUUCCUCUCACAGAGUGGUCAAAGUUGAAUUACCUGUGCGAGUUGACUUUGUUGGUGGUUGGAGUGAUACUCCACCCUGGAGCUUAGAGCGUGCAGGUUGUGUCCUCAAUAUGGCUAUAACUUUGGACAAUUCUCUCCCUAUUGGAACUAUUAUAGAGACCACACAAUCACCUGGGUUAUCAAUUAGUGAUGAUAUUUCGAAUGAGCUAUAUAUUGAAGAUUUCUCCUCUAUUGUGACUCCAUUUGACAACAACGAUCCGUUUCGCCUAGUCAAAUCCGCGUUACUUGUCACGGGCACUGUUCAUGACAAGAUCAUGUCAUCCAUGGGUUUACGGGUCAAAACAUGGGCCCAUGUACCCCGUGGAAGUGGCUUAGGUACCUCUAGCAUCUUGGCUGCAGCUGUUGUGAAAGGACUUCUUCGUAUUACUGAUGGAGAUGAAAGUAAUGAAAAUGUUGCUAGACUAGUGUUGGUACUGGAACAGAUAAUGGGCACUGGAGGAGGCUGGCAGGAUCAAAUUGGAGGUCUGUAUCCGGGUAUAAAGUUUACUACCAGUUUUCCUGGAAUACCCUUGCGUCUCCAAGUCAUUCCCCUUUUGGCUUCUUCUAAAUUAGUUACAGAGUUGCAGGAGCGUCUACUUGUCGUCUUUACUGGCCAGGUUCGACUUGCACACCGAGUGCUUCAGAAGGUAGUAACUCGAUACCUCCAAAGGGAUAACCUCCUUAUAUCAAGCAUCAAGCGCCUUGCUGAGCUGGCGAAAACUGGGAGGGAAGCUUUAAUGAACUGCAACAUAGAUGAGCUUGGAGAGAUAAUGAUGGAGACUUGGAGGUUGCACCAGGAACUUGAUCCCCACUGCAGCAACGAGUUUGUCGAUAGCCUUUUUGCUUUUGCAGACCGUUAUUGUUGUGGAUACAAGCUUGUUGGUGCUGGAGGUGGUGGUUUUGCACUUUUGCUUGCUAAAAAUGUUGAAAGUGCCCUGCAAUUGAGACAAGCACUCGAAGAAAACAACACAUUUGAUGUUAAGGUUUAUAAUUGGAAUGUAUGCUGAGAACUAGUAAAAGGGUUCCAUCGAUUCAUUUGUAUUCUAUACUUGUAUACAGACUUCAUAUAUACGUAGUAUGAGAUACUUACACGUGUAGCAUACUAGCAUUAUGUAAUCUUGCAACAAAUAAGGUUUUUAAAAAAAUCAAUUAUAAUAUUUUUAUGUUAUUAUUUUGACCAA